AUGCACAGCGAGACGCCCGCAACGACCGCCCUGCCGGCGGCUCCGUCCGACCAGGGCCCGCUCAGCGCGGGUCUGACGCCCCGCGGGGCCGCCUUCAGCAUCGAGGCUCUGCUGGGCCUGGGACCCGCAUCACCCGAUUCAUCCACGCCCGCACCUUCCUCCGGCUCCGAGAGCUGCGGCGGCACCGAGGGCCGCCGAAGGCCCGACACCUGCAACGGCGGGGGCCGCCGUCAGGGCUCGGAGCCGCGGCCAAAGCGCGUGCGCACCAUCUUCAGCGCCGAGCAGUUGGAGCGCCUCGAGGCCGAAUUCCAGCAGCAGCAAUACAUGGUGGGACCCGAACGCCUCUACCUGGCCGCUUCGCUGCGACUCACGGAGGCCCAAGUCAAGGUGUGGUUCCAGAACAGACGCAUCAAGUGGCGCAAACAGCAUCUUGACAUGCAGAGGCUCGCCCACGCCGCCUCCAAGCUGCCACCGCUGUGA